UGGAACGCACAUGUGAACCAAAACAAACAAACAAAAAAAUAUGGAUGUGAAUGAGAUCUCAAAAUACCUUCAGAGAGACGAACAAGAAACCAUAAGUUUGAUCUCUUCACUUCCUUCAGACAUAGACUUCAAUGGAACCAAGUUGUUCAAGUACCAAUCAUGUUGGUACGACAACAAAACUCUGCAAGGAAUCCUCAACUUCCAAAGAGGUUUCAAACCACAAGAAACCGAUAUAAUCAUCUCUUCGCUCCCUAAGUCCGGCACAACUUGGCUCAAAGCUCUCACAGUAGCUCUUCUAGAGAGAUCAAAACACUCUACUAACCAUCCACUUCUAUCUGACAACCCUCAUGGCCUAGUACCAGUCCUCGAGCUCAGGCUAUACAUCGAAACCUCGGAACCAGAUCUGACCAGUUUCUCAUCAACAACCCCGAGGCUAUUCUCAACUCACGUACCGUUCCACACGCUUCAAGAGGCUCUCAAGAGCACUCCCUGUAAGGUCGUGUACGUUUGGAGGAACGUGAAGGACGCGUUGGUGUCUCUUUGGUUUUUCGAGUGCGCUAAUCAUAAGAUUAAGAUAGAUGAAGAAAGAAGCUUGUUGGAGUCUAUGUUCGAGUCGUUUUGUCGUGGAGUUAGCUACUACGGACCGUUUUGGGAACAUGUGUUGAGCUAUUGGAGAGGAAGCUUGGAAGACUCCAAGAAUGUGCUAUUCCUGAGGUACGAGGAGUUGAAGGUAGAGCCUCGUGGUCAGGUUAAGAGACUUGCCGAGUUCUUGGGUGUUCCUUUUUCUGUGGAGGAAGAAGAGAGUGGAUGUGUGGAAAAGAUAUUAGACCUUUGCUCGUUGGAUAACUUGAAGAACUUGGAGGUAAACAAGACUGGAAAAACGGCUAGAGGCGUGGAACACAAGAAUUUUUUCCGUAAAGGGGAAGUUGGUGACUCGAAGAACUAUCUGACUCCUGAAAUGGAGAAGAAGAUUGACAUGAUCAUCGAGGAGAGAUUUCGAGGUGCGAAUUUGAAAUUCUGAAGUAAACUAUAUGUGUGGUUUUAGAUUUACUUUGAUGAAAGUACUUUCCGUGCAUGGUUAUAUAUACUUCUUUUGGUUAAUGAUUCAUGGUGUGAUGUCUACCAUUUCAUUUUUUUAUUACUUGGAUGUUUUGUAAUUUAUAAUUCAUAAUAUUAGCUCUAUGUCAUCCUUAAA